AUGUCAGAAGUACGAUUCAAUUGGAAUGUUUUUCCUUCGACUCGGCUCCAGGAAUCUCAGAUAGUCACUCCGGUAGGGUGUUUGUAUACACCAGUAAUUGAAAAGUGCAAAAAAAAUUUCGUUUCUGACCAGCCGAUUCAAUGUGAAACAUGCACUGCAAUCAUAAAUCCCCAUAUUCUCUUGGACAGAGCUAAUAAUAUGUGGAAGUGUCCCUUCUGUGGAAAGAUGUCGUACUUCUUCGAGUCGUUUAAGUUAGAUGAGGAUCGCAGAAACCUGCCAGGAUUUCUUGACCUGGAAGUGGAUACUGUAGAAUAUCACCUUCCGUCAGAUAUAGGAAUGCCUUCUGAAGGACCAUUGGUCUACUAUUUUGUUGUUGAUUCAUACGAGUACAAGGAUGGAGAUAAUGACAGUGACAAAUCUUUCGAGAGAUUAAAACUGGCAAUCAUUUCUUCGCUCGCUGCUAUACCAGAUGGAGCUCAUAUUGGGUUGAUCUCAUUUGAUAGCAAAGUUACUUUUCACAAUCUAGAGUCAGAGCUAACUCUUGCUGUAACUGAAAGCUCUAUAUCUUCUCGUGAAGAUGAGCUGGACCAAACAAUAAAACCUACGGACUAUUUUCGUCCCGACAAAUUCAGUAAAGUAUCAGAGCUUUUGAAUUUGGACGUCCCACUUGAUAAAAGUCCGAAAAAAAACAACAGGAGGCCUUCUUCUGGUGCUGUGGAAGUGAACGAAACGACGAGAAACUCAUUUGUGGAAUAUAUCCGUUCUCUUCAACCGACGUAUACUAACAGCCAUAAACCUCCAAGAAAUUCAGGUUUGGCGUUAUACGUUCUUACCGCCAUUUUAUCUCGUUUCGAGUUCAACAACAUGGUUGGUACGACAUUCUUCUUCUCCAGUGGGCCGUGUACGCUAAAUCCCGGAAUGGUAAUGGAUUGCACUAAACGUAAUGAGCAUAUGCGAUCUCAUAAUGAUAUUGCCAAGUUGCAAGCUCCAUAUUUUGUCAGCGCUCUGAAAUACUAUCACACUUUGGCUUUGAUGGCCUGUGGUCUCACACCUUCAGCUGCUAGCUCAAUCGCAUACAAUGUUUCAUCCAAAGCCACUGCAUACCCUGUUGCUCCCAAUGCUCCUCGGUGGUCCUUUGAACUAUUUUUUGGUUCGUUAGAUCAGGCUGGAGUAUACGAAAUGAAACCUCUCGUAACUGAAACUAAUGGGACUAUACAUUUGACCAGCUCAUUUGCAAAUAGAAACUUUGAAGAUGCCCUCAUGAAGUCUAUUGGAGCAUCUACCAAGUACAAAUGUGAGCUAACGGUGCUCACGUCAGGAAACUCAAAGGUGUCUAAGCUCGUGGGUAAUGGUCAUAGCUUGCCUUCAUCUUAUCAAUCUGAUAAAUUAAAUUGGGCUCACCAUGAAAAGAUAGCAGAUACUAUGGGAGAGUUUGACUCCGCAACGAAGAAACGAAAUUUCACCAAUCGCUGGAGUUUCAAUGCACUAAAAGAAUUAGACACCAUGGCUCUAUUUUUCGAGCCUACUACCGCUUCUUCGUCCACAAUGUUGUCUGCGCAAGGAGUCACGGAAGUUUUUAUUCAAUUCCGUUUGAAAUAUUGGGACUUAAAGAGUUGGAAAAUACGAGUUACCACUGUUAGAAAACCAACAACCCUUGCUAGUUUGAUACCUCACCAAACAAAAACCAGCAAAGGAUACCAACUUGUUAACUCCAAAAGCAAAAUUGUCAUGGAAAAGGAAUGGAGAGACAGUUUCGACCCAUACGCUUGGACGGUUUUAUUCACAAGACUUUUGCUUGAUAAGAUCGAUAGUUCAUUAGGGUUCGAAAACUUUGCAAAUAUUACCAAUGACAUUCAUGGUUCUGUUGUCAAACUCUUAUAUUCUGUUGGGGGAUUGCUUGCUAACGCUGGCGAGACGCUUGUCAAUCCCUAUCUUUCUUUGCAGACACAAGAACUUUUACACAAAAAGUUCAAAAUGAUUCCUCAGCUUAUAUUCUCGCUCAGCAGGAAUCCUUGCCUUAUUAAUAUCUUCAACUCCUCACCAGACGAAACGGCUUUCCACUACCUGGUAUUCAUGAGGUCCAGUUGUAUCCAGUCCAGCAUCAUGAUCGACCCAGUUCUUUAUUUCGAAACAAGCGAUACCUUUGAGAAAGUGCCAUUAAAAAUAGAAACCCUUACUCAAAAUGGCAGCGGUUUCUACGUCUUAGAUUGUGGAUUUAAUGUGAUUAUUUACAACCAUAUUGCCGACGACCAUCAUAAACUGUUAAAGUUACAUCUGUCGCAAAAUGAAGAUUUGGUAUACAAUAGGAGCAGCACAAUAGCAGGCCCUCUACAGUUUUUGCAGACUGAUGUCUUCAAGCAAGGACGCAGCUUUACUCCAUCUAUAAUAGUGACACAAACAGAUCAUUCACAAGCACGGUUUUUCACAGCGAGAUUAAGUCCUCGCUACAAUAGAGAAAUGGGUGCAACAUUUGAGCAAAAAAGAGGUUUCUGGGACGGUUUAAAGAGUUUCAUUGGCAAAUCAGAGACCACUAAUACCUUUACGCAAUACUACGAUGUUUUGUCGGACGAUGUUAGCUUCGAAAAAUAUUGUAAAGAUCUAUUUAAUGACGUGCAGAGCUAUUCCCGCACUGCUUCUGUAUAG